UUUGUUUCGCAAACAUACACUCGUCCGUAACCCAAUUUUUGGCCAAGAUAAGUCCGAAUCCCUUUCAGCGCGCACACCGCUCGUUCUAUACGCAGAAGAGAGACGCACGAACUUCGAAAAAUUAAAAAUACCGCCGCUCGUAACCGAAUCGAUACGAUCCGUUCAAGUCACGUGCACAGUCCAUGAACCAAUGAAAAGGAGAGGCCAGAGCUACAGACUUGGAGCUAGUACGCGACAAUUUUACACGUUAGUUCGAACUAAGCCGUCGAAGUGAAUGUAUUCGUUCGUUUCUUUACAAACACGUGUAUGUGUGGUGGGCACGUAACUUUGAAUUCAUCCGUAAUGUAAGUGCCAACAACAACGAGACGGUCCAUCGCAAAACAAAAUGAUCGAGGAUCCGACGCAAAUGCGGUUAACGGAAAUCCCUGUGCCCUUAAUAUCGACGGCAACAUUAAUUCGGCAUCAACAACAACACGGUACCUGCAGAUACCAGCCGUACCAUCGUUACCACCACCAGUCGCACGUACAAAAUCCAGUUAUAGAGCUGCACAGACUUCAACGGGAAAUAGAAAUUGAGGAAUACUACGACCAGAAUCCAGGACAGACGCACAUUUCGGCGUUGUAUCCGGAAAUAUUAGCUCUCAUAUUCUCGUAUUUGGAUGUGAGAGAUAAAGGACGCGUAGCACAGGUGUGUACCGCCUGGAGGGACGCAGCGUACCACAAGUCCGUCUGGCGAGGAGUAGAGGCCAAGCUGCAUCUGCGACGAGCAAACCCUUCGUUAUUUACGUCCUUAGUAAAACGUGGUAUUAAGAAAGUCCAGGUGCUGUCAUUCAGGCGCUCACUGAGAGACGUAAUACAAGGAAUACCCAACUUGGAGUCUCUGAAUCUUAGUGGGUGUUACAACGUUGCCGAUAUAGGCAUUUCACACGCUCUGGUCUCCGAGGUUCCUUCGUUGACCAUGCUAAACCUGUCUUUAUGCAAACAGGUGACGGACAACUCCUUGAGUCGAAUCGCGCAAUACCUGAAGAAUCUUGAAGUCCUCGAACUCGGAGGAUGUUGCAAUGUGACGAACACGGGUUUGGUACUGAUCGCCUGGGGACUCAAAAAACUCAAAAGACUGAAUCUUAGAUCCUGUUGGCACGUCAGUGACCAAGGAAUUGGACACAUAGCGGGAUUCAACCAGGACGCGUCAGGUGGUAACCAAAUGUUAGAAUAUUUAGGAUUACAAGACUGCCAAAGGUUGUCGGACGAAGCUUUGAAGCACGUCUCGCUGGGUCUCAACGGCCUAAAAACGAUAAAUCUUAGUUUUUGCGUCAGCAUCACCGACAGUGGUCUGAAAUAUUUAGCUAAAAUGAAUUCUCUACGUGAACUGAAUUUACGUUCUUGUGAUAACAUUUCCGACAUCGGUAUGGCCUAUUUGGCCGAAGGUGGAUCCCAAAUAACAUCGUUAGACGUUUCGUUUUGUGAAAAGAUAAGUGAUCAGGCUCUCGUGCAUAUCUCUCAAGGUUUGUUUAAUCUCAAGUCGUUAUCUCUCAGUGCUUGUCAGAUAUCUGACGAUGGAAUACAGCGAAUCGCCAAAACAUUACACGACUUAGAAACAUUGAACAUUGGACAGUGCUAUAGGAUUACGGACAAAGGUUUGACGAACAUAGCAGAGGCUCUUACCAGACUUAAAAACAUCGACCUCUACGGCUGUCCGAAAAUUACAACAGUCGGAAUGGAACGAAUAAUGAAACUUCCUAAUUUAAAAUGUCUCAAUUUAGGAUUGUGGCACGUCAGGUGAAACGCAGGGAGCUUCUUUUAGGAAUAUGUUUUUUUUUCCGUUAGCGAUGCUCAAACUAAUAAGAGAGAAAGAAAAACAGAAACUCAAAGGUCUUUUUUUUAAAAAAAAAGAAAAGGCUGUUUUCCAAUAGGUAAUGUUUGUUUUAUUCUUAUCGUUUAGAUAACAAUACACGUUCGUGUACAUUGUUAAUUAUUUACAACUGCGAACAAACGUAAAAAAUGAAAACUGAAACUUGAUAUUUUUUAAAUUAGUGCAAGGAGCUGUGAUAGAAAAUGAACGAAUGACGUAAAGUAACUAUAGAUUUUACAUAUUAUGUAUUAGGAUUAUUCCAUUUUGACGAACAAUUAAUAAGUCUGUAUUAUUAUGAAUUAAUCAAAAUUUGUUGUCUAACGAACUUCUUUCCUGUAUUUUCCAUUAACACUUACAUUUGUAUAGAGGUCAAUACGUAAAAUUCACCGUCAUUGUAAACAUAAAACUUAAUAUUUAAAGCCUAAAUAGCUCUUCUCUGUCUCUCUCUAUUUCUCUGUCAGAGCUAUCGUAAAAUUAAUAAUACAUUCAUUUAAAAUACCUCAAUAUAGGAUAAUAGUAAAGAAUGGAUUUUUGUAAAUAUGUAAUGUUAUUCCGUUAGAUACAGGCUGUAAUGCCUAAAAACCGUUUUUUUUACUUUGAGUUCAAAAGAAAUUGUUAAUGUUAUCUUGAUUCUUGCGGGAAUUUGCAAUAAUAAUAGCAACAUUUGUUUAAUUCGAAAGUUGUUCAGUAUUAAAUUUCAAUUUGUUAAUGUUAAUUAUUAUUAAUUGGGAUAAAAUUAAAAGUGUACUUUUGUUUGGUCGAGUACCUACCUGGCGUUACAUCAUCGAAAUACAUAGUUUCCUUCAGACUUGUCUGCAGAAUAUUACACAAAAUACAAAUAAAUAACUUGUCAUUUUCUAAAUAAAAACAUUCGCAAUUAUCUAUUCCUGUUUACUACCUACGAACAGACUCUAUAAGAUAUUCCAUGUCUUGUAUAAAAUUGUACAGGUGUAAGCUGCGUGUACAUAUAUAAACUACGUUAAGAUAUGAUUGUUAAAGCUGUGUUAUGUUUUUUAAUUGCGUCAAAAUUAAAAAAACAAUAAAUUUUUAUUAAUGAA